AGCGUAGUUGUAGUUUGCUUCCACUUCCAGGUCAACGUAUCUUCUCUUCCGGUUGAAUAGUUGUAAGUACUUCCGCUCAGCUGAGACGCGGAAGACGGAGCGCUAUGGCGGCUGAGGUUUAUUUACUUUGGUUAUUACCUUUGCUGCAGUCGCUGGCAGCGUUCGGAGCUGAGGUUUCGUCCGAGGCGUGCAGGGAGCUCGGCUUCUCCAGUAACCUGCUGUGCAGCUCAUGUGAUUUGUUGGGUGAGUUCAGCCUGAUGCGGCUCGAACCCUUCUGCAGGAAGUGCUGCCAGGAGGAGGCUCAGUUUGAGUCCAGGAAGCUCUACCCCGGAGCCAUCCUCGAGGUCUGUGGAUGAAAAUUGGGGAGGUUCCCUCAAGUCCAAGCUUUCGUCAGGGGCGACAAGCCGAAGAUGUUCAAGGGCCUUCAAAUAAAGUACGUGCGAGGCUCGGAUCCUGUACUGAAGCUGCUGGACGAUAACGGGAACAUCGCUGAAGAACUCAGCAUCCUUAAGUGGAACACGGACAGCGUGGAGGAGUUUCUCGGGGAGAAGCUCGAGCGCAUUUAAACAAACAUCACAUUUCUCCCCGGAUCACCUUAUGUUCCAGUUGUUUUUGUUUUCUAGUCCCAGUUUAUUACUAAAUCUUUUUUCACCGCAUUUAUUGAUUCUUUGAGAUGUUCUCCUGAUCAUCAGACCAAUUCCAGCUGGUCCAUCUGAAUUUUUUUGGUGUAUGUUUCUUUUUCUUUUUUUUGUACCGUGUGUAUGAACAGAGAACCGUGUCGGUGCUGGGCAGGCAGUGUUCCUCGUUUCUCCUCCGUACGCUAGCGUUCGUGCGGAGCUGCACAUUAGUGACGGCCUCACAGGAAACCAGCGUUUGGUGUGUGAAGCUUGAAGUGUGUGUAGAUCUCACGACGUGUAGAGAUGGAGAGAGACACGAGCAUACGCGCCCUUCUCCUCACCUUCACAAUGAUCUCUUUAAUAAAGUCACAUUUUAAAUUAAA